AUGGCGGAAGAGACCGAGACCUUCGCCUUCCAGGCCGAGAUUAACCAGCUCCUGUCGCUGAUUAUCAACACCUUCUACUCCAACAAGGAGAUCUUCCUUCGCGAGCUCAUCAGCAACUCCUCCGAUGCCCUCGACAAGAUCCGUUUCGAGGGUCUCACCGACAAGUCCCGCCUCGAGGCCCAGCCCGAGCUGUUCAUCCACAUCGUGCCCGACAAGACCAACAACACCCUCACCAUCAUCGACUCCGGCAUCGGCAUGACCAAGGCUGACCUCGUGAACAACCUCGGCACCAUCGCGCGCUCCGGCACCAAGGCUUUCAUGGAGGCGCUCACCGCGGGCGCGGACAUCUCCAUGAUUGGCCAGUUCGGCGUCGGUUUCUACUCCGCGUACCUCGUCGCCGAGAAGGUGAUCGUUUACACCAAGCACAACGACGACGAGCAGUACAGGUGGGAGUCCCAGGCUGGCGGCUCCUUCACCGUGACCAAGGACAACUCCGAGCCCAUGGGCCGCGGUACCAAGAUGGUGCUCCACCUCAAGGACGACCAGCUCGAGUACCUCGAGGAGCGCCGCCUCAAGGAUCUCGUCAAGAAGCACUCCGAGUUCAUCUCCUACCCCAUCUCCCUGUGGACCGAGAAGACCACCGAGAAGGAGGUUUCCGACGACGAGGCUGAGGAGGACGACGCCGCCGAGGAGGAGGGCAAGAUCACCGAGAUCAAGGACGAGGACGAGAAGAAGGAGAAGAAGAAGAAGACCGUCAAGGAGGUCUCGCACGAGUGGGCCCUGAUGAACAAGCAGAAGCCCAUCUGGAUGCGCGCUCCCGAGGAGAUCUCCAAGGAUGAGUACUCCGCCUUCUACAAGUCCCUCACCAACGACUGGGAGGAGCAGCUCGCGGUGAAGCACUUCGCCGUGGAGGGUCAGCUCGAGUUCAAGUCCGUGCUCUUCGUCCCCAAGCGCGCCCCCUUCGACAUGUUCGACGGCAAGAAGAAGGCCAACAACAUCAAGCUCUACGUCCGCCGCGUCUUCAUCAUGGACAACUGCGAGGACAUCAUCCCCGAGUUCCUCUCCUUUGUCAAGGGCAUCGUCGACUCUGAGGACCUUCCCCUCAACAUCUCCCGCGAGAUGCUCCAGCAGAACAAGAUCCUCAAGGUCAUCAAGAAGAACAUCGUCAAGAAGUGCCUCGAGAUGUUCAACGAGAUCGCCGAGAACAAGGACGACUACACCAAGUUCUACGAGGCGUUCGGCAAGAACCUCAAGCUCGGCAUCCACGAGGAUGCGCAGAACCGCAGCAAGCUCGCCGAGCUCCUUCGCUACCACUCCACCAAGUCUGGCGAGGAGAUGACCUCCCUCAAGGACUACGUCACCCGCAUGAAGGAGAACCAGAAGGACAUCUACUACAUCACCGGCGAGUCCCGCAAGGCUGUGGAGAACUCCCCCUUCAUCGAGAAGCUCAAGAAGCGCGGCCUCGAGGUUCUCUUCAUGGUGGAUCCCAUCGACGAGUACGCCGUGCAGCAGCUCAAGGAGUACGACGGCAAGAAGCUGGUGUGCUGCACCAAGGAGGGUCUCCAGCUCGACGAGACCGAGGAGGAGAAGGCGAAGAAGGAGGAGGUCAAGGCCCAGUACGAGGCGCUCUGCAGGCUCAUGAAGGACAUCCUCGGCGACAAGGUCGAGAAGGUGCUCGUGUCCGACCGCGUCGUCGACUCCCCUUGCGUCCUCGUCACCGGCGAGUACGGCUGGUCCGCCAACAUGGAGCGCAUCAUGAAGGCGCAGGCGCUCCGCGAUAACUCCAUGUCCGGCUACAUGGCGUCCAAGAAGACCCUCGAGAUCAACCCCGACAACGCCAUCAUGCAGGAGCUCCGCAAGCGCGCGGACGCGGACAAGUCCGACAAGACUGUCAAGGAUCUCGUCCUCCUGCUCUUCGAGACCGCCCUCCUCACCUCCGGCUUCUCCCUCGAGGAGCCCAACACCUUCGGCGGCCGCAUCCACCGCAUGAUCAAGCUCGGUCUCUCCAUCGACGAUGACAUCGGCCUCGAUGACGACGACCACGACCUUCCCCCUCUCGAGGAGGAUGUCGAUGAGGGCUCCCGCAUGGAGGAGGUCGACUAAUCCUCCAGUGGACGCAAGUGCCGACUUUUGGAGCCGUGAACAAUAAUACCACGCGGCCCGAAGCUGGCUGCAUAGCUGCCGCAAUACUAGACGCAGAAGCCCACGCGAUCAUCCGCAAGGGCGAUUAGCAACGAAGCAUCCUUGAAAUGAAACUCAUUCUUUUGCAUC